ACCCAAAAACACACAAUUUAACUAUUCGAAUUCCAUUCUCAUACUUUCUCUCUUCCCCGCAACAACAAAAUAAUGUCGCGUGCUACAGUUGAACUUGAUUUCUUUGGCAUGGAGAGGAAAGAAAUGGCUUCCUCUAAAUCUCAGUUCCAGAAAUUUCUUCAUCGUCAACGAAGCUUUCGUGACCUUCAGGGCGCCAUUUCUAAGAUUAAUCCUGAAAUACUCAAAUCUGUUAUUGCCUCCGGUUCCGUGAAUACUGUUGAUUCAAAGAAGUUACCGGUUUCUAUGCCGACGACUCCCAAAGAAGAGCCAGCUUCUUUUCCUGCUUUGCCUCUUUUUAAACAUAUCUCCGUUUCCAGGUCUGCUACAGAGAACCUUCCGGAAACUGCUCCUCUGACUAUUUUCUACAAUGGAACGGUCACCGUUUACGAUGUUCCUCGAGACAAGGCUGAAUGCAUUCUGAAACUUGCUGUUGAUGGAAACUCCAAAACUGAAGAAUCAAAAAACUCAAAAACUGCUACCGACCAACAACAGCUGCUAGAGACUCUUAAUACCGGAGAUCUCCCAAUUGCUCGCAAAAAGUCAUUGCAGAGAUUUCUCGAGAAACGCAGAGAGAGGAAUGACAUGGACUCUGAUCCGAAUCAACGUAGCGGUUGACUUCGGUGUCGCCUUAUGGCUGUUAAACCUAAUACGCGGUUUGGGACCGCCUA